GGCUUGUCUGGAGCGGAUCGGUCCGGGCGCGGGUGGUGCUCGGUCGGAGUUCCGAAGUCGCACUGGGAGCUGGACAAAGCCGCUGCUGCUGCUGCUGCUGCUACGAGGGCUACCGACGACGACGACUUCGACCUGUACCCUGUGACCGAACGACCGGGCGCGUUUCUUGCUGGGGGGCGCACUUGUCCUGCACUGAACUGACUGCGAUCGCGCAUGUGGGACGCGACAGGGACCGAUAGAGUGACGUGAUGACGAAGGAAAGAGGCACAAGAAUUCGAGCGAUGGUGGGACGAAGUCUAUGAGCUGAGAGCCCGAGGCCGAGGUUGAGGCCGGUGUCGGUCGUGGAAGUGCGUCGAGGAGCGCUCCGGGGUCGUGGUCGAGUUCGUUGUGUAGAGUUCGGAGGAGAGGAGAGGCGAGUAGCGAUGGGGCAGGAGACUUUGGUUUGCGUUUCGGCGUGGCCUCCUGUCGUGGAGGGGUUUCUCGAGCGAGAGAUUUCUGAUGGUGUGGUGGUCGAUGGAGCUGCCGAAGAGCGCCCGGGAAGCUGUUAGGCGGAGGCGGAAGCUUGGGUCGGGAUGAAGCCCGCGGGGCAGCGAGCCUUUCGGAGCCGCACGGGCCGGCGUGGCAGUAGCCCUGAGCAAUCCGGCGAUGCCGCUCUGCGCUCGGCCUCCUCUGUCUUUCGAUUGAUUCUGCACUUUUCCUUUUGCAUUGCCAGCCUUGUUCUUGGUUUUCGUCUUUCUCGAGAAUCGUUGUUGAUCGUCGUCAACCUGAGGAGCUCGGAAGCCUACGCCAAUCGAGCCAAUUAUUUGCCUUCAGCUAGCGUUCAAUUCGCUGAAGCCCUCGCCGAGGUGAACCGUACGGGCGUCAAAUCAUCGCAGGAACUUUUGCCCUUCGCGGACCUGAAACCGAGCGGACUUUAUCACGAAGAUGGUGUAAAAAGUAGCCGAGUUCAUGUUGGCCGGCACGGAAUAUUGAUUCGACCAUGGCCUCAUCCGGACCCAGAGGAAAUCAUCACGGCGCAUAUCCUUAUUUCUAGAGUGCAGCAAGAGCAAAGAAAACUUUACGGCUCCAUCCAGAGAAGAAAACCUCUCAUUGUAGUUACGCCAACCUUCCGCCGGACGUUCCAGAAGAUCCAUCUGGCGAGUCUCAAGAACACUCUCAUGCUCGUGCCAGGGCAGGUUUCUUGGAUUGUGGUUGAGGCGGGUGGAAGGUCCACGGAGACAGCUGAUAUACUGUCAAAUUCUGGUCUGAAUGUCCACCAUCUCCAUCUAACGCAACCCAUGCCACCAGCUUGGCCAAAACGCCGCAACAUGGAGACACUGUUGCGCCUCAGAGGUUUAAGGUUUAUAAAGGAGAGGCAGUUAGAGGGAGUUGUGGUUUUUGCGGAUGAAAGCAAUUCUCACAGGCUCGAGCUCUUCGAUGAAGCGCAACGUGUAAACUGGUUUGGUGCGCUGUCAGUGGGGCUUCUCAUGCCUCCCAAAUCUUACGAAACAGGGGACUCACCGUUGAGGUGGAGUGCAAUGGAUGCCACUCAGGCGAGCUCACCGUUUCUUCCCGUGCAAGGUCCUGCCUGUAACGCAUCGGGGUUCUUGAUUGGUUGGCAUUCUGAGUACGGGACGUUACCCUCUGUAGAUGGCAAAAGCAGAACCUCGUGGAAUUUCGAAUGGUCAGGAUUCGUGUUUGAUUCUGCAGUCUUGUUCGAACUGGGCAAUAAACCGAGCUGGAUCAAGGACUGGGAUGAAUGGGCUAAUGAAAGCGAUAACGUAGGUAGUCCAACAGUCAUGGUGUCUGACGAAGCAUUUAUUGAACCACUUGGUGACUGUGGACGCGAUAUUCUGGUUUGGUGGGCGCGCUCCGAAGCUCGUGCCGAUAGCAAAUAUCCUGAAGGGUGGGUAUUAGAUCCGAAGUUGGAAAUCAUUGUACCAUCCAAGCACACCCCUUGGCCAGAGCCAUCUCCUCCUCCACCUCCAGUUAUCAAGACAUCUGUGGAAGAGUCCCAUGAGAAGAAACGACAGGGGAGACAUAGAAAUCAGGGGAAAAAAAAUGCGAAGAAGCAAGAGUCUUGACGUCGAGCUCAGAGGUUUUUGUAAAUUUUGAAAGACGGUAACUCGCGGAGUGGCCAGCCUUCAUUUGAUGACGGCAAAGUUAUCAUCGUCCAGAAGGCUCAUGCUCUUCGACAUAUAACAGCUAGGCAGAUGCCCCGAUCCCAACUUUUUCUUUCCGAAAACCAAAGAAAACACAAGGACGACGAAACCAUAAAUAUGUUUCCCUGGCCACGAAAGCCCCAGAAAUUUGUAGUGAUUACUGUAGAGUAUCACACCGACAGUGGAAUGUUUGGUUAGUGGUAAAGAGGUUCAGCGUCACCUUGUCGAGAAUUCCAUGUUAGUUCCUUGUCUACAUAAAAAUAUUCCAAUUCGAAACAACUCGGUUCUCAUGGCUGCUCCAUCGUAGAGGAAAUUAUUGUCUCUGCUCUAUGUGUGGCUGUCAUGGGCCUAAUUAGAGUAGACGACAUGAAUUACCUCGCACGACUUUGUGAACCGAAUUGACUAGAUGAAAAAAUCAU